GCCUUUGCAUUGCACCCAGAUACACUUAUUCAAAGACAUAAUUUUGAGUCUCAAAAUCUCCUCCAAUUCCUUCUUCUCCUUCUCCUUUUUUUCCCUACUAGUUGGGGUUUCAAAUGCUCUUCAGCCUUCUUGUUGCAAUAGUAAUUGCGUUUCUUUUUGGUUCGAGCGUUGGGUUUUGCUCCAAGGCACGUUUUGGAUUCGUAUUCUUAUCGAUUGGUUGUCUUUGCUCAUGUCUACCCUCGUCAAUUACAGUGGUGACGAUGAAUUCUACCCCAGGGGUUCUUUUUACUCAAAUCCGGUGGAUUUGGGUCGCUUGUUCUCCAUUGGUUCCCAUGUGGAUGUGUACUACCCUCCUAGCAAGCGGGCUCGGAUUAUUGCCCCAUUCCUCUUUGGAGGAAAUGAGUUCGAGCAGGACAAGAAACCUUCCAUUGAGGUUCUUCCUCAGGAAUGUCUUUUUGAGAUAUUCAGACGCAUCCCUGAAGGUAAAGAGAGGAGCUCCUGUGCUUGUGUCUCCAAGCAAUGGCUUAUGCUUCUGAGCAGUAUUCGUAAGGCUGAAAUUUGUGAGAAGUUUCCGAUUUCUAAAAAUGUUGAUAUGGUUACCGGUGAUGAAAGUCGAGAUCUUGAAAGUGAUGGAUACCUUACGAGGUGCUUGGUCGGGAAGAAAGCUACAGAUAUAAGACUUGCGGCAAUUGCAGUUGGAACUAGUAGCCGUGGGGGUUUAGGGAAGCUAUCAAUCCGAGGAAGCAACUCUGCUUGUGGAGUCACUGACCUUGGUCUAUCAGCUGUUGCCCACGGUUGCCCUUCUCUCAAGUCUCUUUCUUUGUGGGAUGUUUCUUCUAUUGGGGAUGAUGGCCUAUCUGAGAUAGCUAAAGGAUGCCAUUUGUUGGAGAAGCUUGACCUUUGCCAGUGUCCCUCUAUUUCCAACAAGGGUUUGAUUGCAAUUGCAGAUAACUGCCCUAAUCUGACUACUUUGAAUAUUGAAUCAUGUUCAAAUAUUGGGAAUGAGGGCUUGCAAGCUAUCGGAAGGCUUUGCACCAAGCUGCAGUCUCUCUCUAUCAAAGAAUGCCCCCUUGUUAAGGAUCAUGGGGUAUCAAGUCUGGUAUCGUCGUCUUCUUUGCUGACAAAGGUAAAGCUUGAGGCCUUGAAAAUUACAGAUUUCUCCCUUGCCGUGAUUGGGCACUAUGGCCAAGCCAUUACAAAUCUAGUCCUUGGUGGUCUUCAAAAUGUGAGUGAGAAGGGCUUUUGGGUCAUGGGUGUUGCUCAGGGUCUGCAAAAACUGACAUCGUUGACGGUGACCUCUUGCCGAGGGAUUACGGAUGUGAGUCUUGAAGCCAUUGGCAAGGGAUGCAUUAACCUGAAGCAGAUGUGCCUUCGCAAGUGCUGCUUUGUGUCCAAUAAUGGACUGAUAGCUUUUGCCAAAGCUGCAGGAUCUCUGGAGAGCCUGCAGUUGGAAGAGUGUGACAGGGUCACCCAGCUAGGGAUUAUUGGUGCCCUCUCAAAUUGUGGAACCAAGUUGAAGUCUCUUACCCUAGUGAAGUGCAUGGGAAUCAGGGAUAUGGCUAUGGGAUUUCCUGUGCUCUCUCCCUGCACAUCUCUUCGAUCCUUGUCCAUUCGACACUGCCCUGGAUUUGGUACUGCCAGCUUGGCUAUGGUGGGUAAGUUGUGCCCUCAGAUUCAACAUCUAGACCUUAGUGGGCUUCAUGGAAUAACAGAUUCUGGGCUUCUCCCGCUUCUGGAGAGCUGUGAGGCAGGACUUACCAAGGUGAUACUUAGCAAUUGCUUGAAUUUGACAAAUGAAGUAAUUUUGGCCUUGACCAGGCUACACGGGGGAACCCUUGAGCUGCUGAAUCUUGAGGGAUGCAGGAAGAUUACUGAUGAUAGCUUGAGGGCAAUAUCAGAGAACUGCUUGUUACUCAAUGAUCUGGAUGUGUCAAACUGUGCAAUCAGCAAUUCAGGCAUCGAAGUGCUUUCUUGUGCUGCGCAGCUCAAUUUGCAAGUCCUUUCACUGUCGGGGUGUUCUGAAGUGUCAAAAAAAAGCAUGCCUUUCCUGGAGAAACUGGGUAAGACCCUGGUGGGGCUGAAUCUCCAACACUGCAAAUCAAUUAGCAGUAGCACAGUUGAACUGCUUGUGGAGAGAUUGUGGAGAUGUGAUAUUCUCUCUUAAUUAGGGAGGGAAUGUAUGCUUCUUUGGAUCAAAGAGGCGGGUGGAUUGGAGGUGGUGGACCGGAGUUAGGAAAUCCAAUAACUUAAGACAGAUUGUAGAUGCAUAAAGAUACACUCAACUCACACGGGUAGCAGCAUUCAGCAUACCUUUUUAGCCCAUCAGCAGUUGGGUGCCGGUAGCUCAGUGGCUUGGUUGUUUUUCAGGGUGACUGUGGCGGAUCACUUCUCCGUCAUUUUUUGCAAGCUUUCUUGACAAUGGAAAGUUUGUUUCAACUCCUUUAUGGUAUUCCCCGAGAAUACAGUUUCCAAGUCCUGGUUUUUGGCUCCAACUUGCUCUUGGUAUUGUUUUGCUGGAUGUUGUAUACCCAGUGUUUUAGCUUGGUCACUCGAAUUUGAUAGUGUUAAGCUUUUCCUUAUUUCCAGUCUCGCAUAGUCUGUUGUCAGAUUCAGUCCAAGAUAGUUUCUCGUGUCUUGUAAGGUUCCUGCACAUGUUUGGGAUCCUUGUUUUCUCCUUCCAUUAGCGUUCUUAGCUUGUGGUUGCUUUGGGCCGGUUCUAAGCAUGGAUGACUUGGAUUUAUGAACUGUUAGUUCAUCAGGUCUGCAUGACAACCCUUUGGUUGUUUUUUUUUUUUUCAACUUCACUCCUGUCUUUAUUUUGUGGGUUUAUCCUGCGUAUGGAUUGUACACUGCAACUGCUACUGUUAUUUAGAAAUGAAAUGGGGUUAUCAGCCUUUUUUCCC